AUACCGCUAGACUAUACAAAAUGACCCACGACGCUGUCUGGUUCUCUCGUCCCCGCAAGUUCGGCAAGGGUGCGCGCCAGUGCCGCCUCUGCGCCCACCAGGCCGGUCUCAUCCGCAAGUACGGCCUCGACCUCUGCCGUCAGUGCUUCCGCGAGAAGGCUGACCAGAUCGGCUUCGUCAAGAACCGGUGAAAUCCACUGCUACCUAACUACGACGCUUACCUCCGGUUUUCCCGCACUUGUCCACGCUCUGCAUCCUUUUGAGGCCUACCACUGUAUUCGUCUCUAUGCAUCCAACAUGAUAUGCUUGGCCAUGCAGAACCCCAAGUGCACGUAAACACGGAACUGCCGGCUUUGCCAUCAUGAGCCAACACUCGUGUCAUGCCAUGGUAGAACAACGCGUAUACUACUAGUACAACGUAUGAACAUGACGAACC